UUUAAAGAUGGCGGAUACGAGGCAGCAACCGUCUGCAAGCAUCAAGUUAUCGUCAAUAUGUCUCGGUGGCAGAUCAAUAAGAUUUCUCGUACUUCGAGAUAAAAAAUGCAUCAAUGCCCCUGAAACACUGGAUGAGUCACAAGGUAUACCGUUGUUUCUGGCAAGUGAUGUUUUAUGUGGCUGCUCCCAAAUGCCGAAAAAUUUCACCAGGAUCCAUGCACGUUAUUCAAAAGAUGGCAUGGCAACUAAACUGUUAUUGAAAGAUUUCCGGGUAGUUGGAGUGAGUCACAGCGCUACUGUUUGGUUUUACAACAUUUGUGGUGUGUUCCAGGUGGUAUUUGAAUACCAGGAAAAGUGUGUACAAAGAGACUGCCUGUCUAAACUCAAGGAUAUGUGGCUUUGCAGAUAUCAUGAUGAUAAUCUUCCAGAAAGUCUUACUGUUACCAUGGAUAUUCAGUGUUCUCAAGGCGAUUCCACUCCAGUUGUAGAGGAAUCCUACAAGUUGUCUGAACCAGGCGUGGGUAACAAAGAUUCUCCUAGAUCAGAUGUGGAGCAGGAGUUGUUUCCCCUGACUGGAGGAGAGGUUGUCAUAGAACUGGUUAAGCAUGGCAGGGAUAGUGGUAGCAAUGAUUCAAGACAGGAAAAUAUAACUUCCAACAAUUCAACAAAACAAAUAAACCAGAUGAAUGAAACUUCCCUACUGGAUGCUAUUGAGAAUGACAAGGACACAUCUAAUUCUGAAGAGGAGAAUGUCCAAAAAGACGUAGGACAGGCACCCCUGGUCGCUGAUAAUGCCCUAUCCUGCCAUUCUUCUAACACAAGUGAGGACAAUAUACAGGAACUUGGAGAGAAGGACCUUUCUGUAGAUGUCAACAUCCAUCUCUGUCACUCAUGUGGGUCAUUGACCUGUCCAUCCUUCCAAUCAACAGUGACAGAAAAUGGGGAAACAUCUUGGGGAAUAUGCCCUGCAUAUAGGUUUGAAAACUUAGUACACAAGCCUCUCUGCUGCAGUAAAGCUACACAAAUUGACACAGUGCCACGAAGUGUUACAAAGAUUUCAGUGGGUGUUCAAACUGAUCAAUUUGACUCUUCAGUUCAUGAUUGUCCUAUGACUGACUCCAAGGCCGUCACACAUAGAAAUGCCUCCCCUCAGACAGACAUCAAUAUGGAUAUGAUUGUCGUUCUUACUCCGCAAUGUUUACAUUGUACAGAAAAUAGAACUAUGAAUCACAAGAAAUGCUCCCAAAUAAACUGCAAGAAAAAAUACCUUUCAAAACAUUUCCCAAAAAAAGAUGUGAUGAAGGAUUGCAUUAAUGUUCUGGAGAGUUUAAUUAAAUAUCUUGUUCAAAUGGAAACAGACCUUCAGAAUCUAGAACUCUCUCCUCUUAUAAAGAGGUUUCAUACUAUACUCCAGUUACUAAUACAGGAUAUGUUCCUGGAAGAAAACAAAGGUUUUCCAUUCCAGUUAAUACAGGAUUAUCUGGACAUGUUGGGGACAGACAGAAAUACUGAAACUGCAUAUGACAGCUGGGGCAACUCCUCACAAAGAAACACUUUUCUGCACAUUGUCUCUCAUUGGUUGGGAAAAGAAUUCCACAAAUUGGAGCCUAAAAUUUCCCAAAGGGUUGAGGACUUCAAACAAAAGCACAUAAACUGUAUAGACAACUUGCCUCCAGCUGAGAGCAUUGUAGACCUUGUUUUUCCCAGCUUUAUGAAGGAGCUGAUUGUGAGGUGGACCAGCCAAACUCCCCCUAGUCCAUGUGUUGGAGGUGACCAUGAUUACAGUCCACCAGUAAAAAAGUUCUGUGCCAAUGACAUUCCAUUACCUGCCUACCCGCUGGUGCAACAUAUUCUGGAGUUCGCUAACCAUGCCUUGGUGUCAGGGGUGGCUCAUGUCGUCUAUUCCAGGCUACGACACUCUAUAUAGCACUAAUGGUAACAUGUAUGCAAUGUAUUUUUGUACUGAAACUUAAUAUUAUAUUAUGAAACGAA